AUGAGGCUCCUUGCUUCACUGUCCCACUGUCUGGCUUCUAAAGACUCACAACCUGUGGACCCACUACCCCACUAUCCACAAACCUGCCAGCUCUCCUGUGUACAAUCUGGUUCUGCCAGCACCACCUCUAUGAAGACAGUGAUUCAACAGCUCCAGCUGGAGGCUGGGCUCAACUGUGUGAAGAUUUCCCAAGCAGAUGCAGAUUUGAAACAAUUCUGUCUGCACAAUGCUUAAUAUGACCCCUUGCUGUUGUGAGUACCUUCAAGUACCAAUUCCUGUGGACUCCAGAAAGUCUGUUCUUUUCUGUAGUGAAAUGAAUCUUUGAAGGUGUUCUAAACCACUUUUCAUGAACCGGUGAAUAUUCAAAGAGAGCUAUUUUUGAAGCCUGUACAAAAAGCUUGCCCUAUAACAUGUGCCAUACUACAGAAACUUGUGC